AUGAACCGAUCAGGCAUAUUGCUCGGUGAAAUUCCCGGCAGUCAAUCCUAUAAUGAAAAUUCCACUUACGUCAGAGAUGUUGGCGGGGCUGAUAUUGACUUGAUGUCUAGCUUAUUCGAUGCUGGAUUCCAGUCUAUUCUGGCUCGCCUUUUUCCCGACAUUGGUCCCACAAUCGAUUCAUAUCGCGUAUUCACGGUAGAGUACACGGGAGCUGGUGAUGCUAGCGAACACGUACCAAAAGACUUUGACUUAUCGCCUCAUUACGACAAUUCCGAGCUCACUGUGAACAUUUGUCUGGAUUUCGAGCCGGGAACGAGUGAUGAUGUUGGUGGUCAGCUAUUCUUUUGCCAUUUCUCCCCGCGAAACAAUGCAUCCUGGGACAGAGACCGAGACGGAUUCGCUCAACUGCUAAAUCAUCGCCCCGGCUGGGCAAUCGUUCACCGGGGCAGUCACGUGCAUGGAGUCCUGCCAUUUGAUCGUCCUUCAAAACAGACUCGUCGGCGCAGUCUGAUUUGUUGGCUUCGAUCGAGCCUGGAACGUGGCUCUUUGUGUCCCCGUUGUUCGAAACCACCACAACUUGAGCCCAUGCAAGUAUGGUACCGUGGUAAUACAAUCGAUUGUACACGCCUUCCACCAGAGGCUAUAGAGAACGGUGAUUACGUGAGAGUCGGAUUUGCGGAUGGAUUUCUUACUCAGACUGAGUUAUCGUGUUCAUUAUUUUGA